AUGAAGCUUGAAUACCCGGGUGAUGAUCUUCUACUCAAGCAGUUUGAGAAGUGGUUUCACGAUGGGGAAUUCUUCCAACGAGAAUCCAUUGUUGUCCGUUUUCUGUCCGGGGGAUUCGUGGCUCAAGGCCCCUUGCGACUGUUUGGCGAGCUAUACUUCCACCUCGGCGGAUAUCGUGCCAUCAUGCUCCCCUGCUCAUGCUACUACUUCCUCAAGGAGUGCGCAGCGGGCUACGCUGGGUCUGCCGUUCCUGUCGCUGCUCACAUCGACCACGGACACAUCGCCUACCUGCGACAAAAGAAGCUGCCCUGCUUUGAUGAUGUCUAUCUCAGGUACAGCCGACCGGUGGACAAUAUCCUCGCUAUCAAAGAGAAGAGGCUUGUCUCCGAGAACCAACUCCAUGACCCCUAUCUAGUCGCCCUCUUGAUUGCUCUAGCACAACAGCAGUGGAAGGGGCUUGGUGUCGAACGUCGGCAGCACGCCGCGGGCGUAACUCCAAAGGUACUCUAUACGUCUGAUGAUGGCAGAGCUAUGCAUCUGUACUCAACAAACGUGUCGGCAACCAUGAUUCGCAUGUUUGAUGAUCCAACGUUCUCGCCACCGAUGCCGCAGUCACUUUCCGUGGGUAUCAUUGCUAUUCCCUAUGAACCGCUCGAGACGCUGCGGGACCGCAUGAUGGCGCUGUUGCUGUCAGCCACAAAUCUCGACGACGUUGGCACGUCAGAAGAGCUUGUCACGUAUCAAUAG